AUCUUCCUGACCAAACAUUAUUCAAGUUUAUACAUCUUUUUGAGAUUUUAGAAAGUGACAUCAUUCAACAUGUACGCAAUACUCUCAUCACUGUCUUUCGGUCAAAACAUGGUUCGAAUGGCUUUAAAAAUCACUGACGUAUCUUACUACUUCCUACGAGAAUGUGAAGAUAUUUGAGAUCAUAUUUAUUUUUGAAUUUCAGUCUCAACAAUGUUAAGUAAAUCGCCAACUUUUCAUGUUUCAACGCGUCACGUUUAUGAGCAUGAAUUAAAGUGUCUUCCAUUGCACCAAAAUCAUCCCCAUCCAUUACAGCAACAGUCAGAAUUUGAUAACCCAACUCCCAAUUCAAAUCAAUACACCAAACAAAAUCAGCGUCAAGUUUUAAAUUCGAAUAUGUUCCGAUCGGAAAUUACGUUUAAUUCUAAAGUAAGUAGAUCACUACAUAUGGAUGUUAAUACUAUUACUAACAAUAAUGUAAGCAGUAUCUCACCUACAAAUUCAUGUUUUACUAUUUCUUCAAACGAUAACCAUAUCGCUUGUGAAUUAAAUGACAUUAUUGAUAUUGAUGAAGAGGUCACUGAUGAUAAUGACUCUGACAAUGAUAUUGAUGAUGAUGGUUUCUAUAAUAAAGAUGAAGUCGAUGAAUUAUUCUUCUUCAUACCAACUGUAUCUUCUAAUGAGGUGAAAUACGGGAAUCAAUUAAAACAGCACCAAUCUAUUCCACUCACACAAAACAUAAGUGAUAUACAUAAAUUGUACGAUGAUUCAUUCAAUUUACAAGUCUCACCAAAAUUUCCAAGUUUAAAAGAACGUAUAACUCGUACACAAAAUAUUUGGUGUCUACCAAAUUUAAGUAGACUAGAAUCGGAAAAAUUAUUGGAAUUUGCUGAAAUCGGAAAUUUCAUCGUUCGUGUAAACCAACAAAAUUCAAGUAUGGUACUUACUCGUGUUUGUCCACCAACAACAGCGAUUCGUUCACUCAAUAAAACUAACGGUUUUUUACAUGCUAAUCACAAAGACUACUUUGAAGACAACCACAACAAAAAUCAACAUCAGAAUGUUUAUUUACCAAUUAAACAUAAUUUGAUUGAAAUACUUCCUCAUGAUGGUUAUUGUUUGACUGGAGAUAAGAAAAUGCGUUUAAUAUUCAAAAGUUUGAUACAUUUAUUAGAAUUCUAUUUACUUGUUCAAGUAAGUAAUCGUGGAUCAUUCCUUCGUUUACCAUCGGCAAUUUGUCAAGCGAAGACUAUUCAAGAACUUGACCAAAUUAAUAAACAAGGGAUACGUAAGUAACAUAUUUUUUACGAAUACAACUGUAACAAUGCCAGUUAGCACUACUUCAU